AUGAAAGCACAAUAAAUUCCAAGACUAUUUUGUGUUGCAGACUACUAAAAUGAAAAUUUUUAUUGUGCGCCUAAACAUUAAAGAGUGUAGUCAUCCUUAGCCAUAAGAGAGAAGACAUCAAAUUCAUUUCAUUCUAUGAUACCUCCUCAAAAACCACAAUUGAAAUCAAAUGAUGAAUAGAGCUAUAGAACAAGAGAAGGGUUUUAAAGAGUAAAAACAGACUCAAAUAUGCCUAUGCCUUUAAGAAACGGAAGAAAUCUGAGUAUCACUAGUGGAAUCACUUCAAUUUUAAGUAAUAAAACAAUUUAAUUACCCUCAAAAAUUGAAAAUCCACAAAUGGUAAAUGCCUAUAAAAAUGAAAUUGUUACAUAUAUGAAAGAUAGAAGUUGUAAAUCUAUUUUCAAAAUGACCGCUUUCCAAUUUUAAACAGAAAUUACAGAGAAAAUGCGCAGUAUUCUACUAGAUUGGUUAGUAGAUGUACAUCAUAAAUUCAAAUUAGACCCAGAAACCUUGUUUUUGACAAUAUCGAUAGUUGAUAGAGUACUUGAGUUGCAUCAGAUACCGAAAUCUAAAUUUUAGCUUUAUGGAGUUGCAGCUUUAUUUAUAGCAUCCAAAUAUGAAGAAGUAUACUCUGUUCCUCAUGUAAGGGAUUUAGUAUAUGUAUGUGAUAACGCAUAUCCAAAAGAGGAAAUAUUGGAAGCAGAGGGGAAAAUUAUUUCAAUACUUUCCUUUGAUUUAUUAACCACGAGUCCCUACAGACUAUUAAAUGUAUAUUAGGAAACAGCUAAAUUAGAUUUGAAAAACUUAAUGCUUAGUAGAUAUCUAAUAGAACUCUCCUUAUUAGAAUAUUCUAUGAUUCAAUAUUCAAAUAAUGUGUUAGCAAGCGCAGCUAUUUAUUUGGUUCAUAAAAUCAGAAGAAUUCACCCUUCUUGGAGUCAAGACUAGAUGGUUUCAAUAACUGGCUUAAAUGAAAUUGACAUCAGAACAUGCGCUAAAGAAAUGUGUAAUCUUUUACAAGGACAAGAUAAGAAGCAAUUUAAUUCAUUAAGAAAAAAGUUCUCUUUACCAAAAUAUUUGGAGGUUUCAAAAAUUAGAAUAGAAAAGCGACCAUCUUAAAAUUUGCAAACCCUCCAAUAUUGA